UGGGGUCCACCCUGAGCUAGUCUGCGUUUGGAAGCUAAGCUAACGCUAAUUGUGUACGUCCAUUGAGCGGGUUUAUGCUACCAUUUAACGAGGCGUUUCCCGCAUAGUUUCUUGUUUCUACAGACGCAUGUAAAUAUAAAAAAGAGCGGAUUGGCGUGCUCUUUACACGUAGGAACUGAAAAUUGCCAUGCCAUGACAGCCAAGGCUUGCAGCCAAGUUAGUUAGGUCUCCGUUUGCAGGCCCAUUUCUCGCCCAAAUAUCGCCAUUGGCAGAACGCGGAUCCAGACAUGGCUUCAAUUCUCGACGAGUACGAAGACUCGCAAAAUACGAGGAAAUCUGCGCAACACAGCCGUCUCUCAGCUGCCAACAUCGGGAUAACACACUCAGGCUUUGUAAAUGUGAGACUUGAGGAAGAGAAACCGAUAUUCAACAAACAAAGAAUCGAUUUUUCACCUCCUGAGAAGAUCAACCACCUUGCAGUUUGCAACAAUCAGCUAUGCAUGAGUUUGGGAAAGGACACCAUUCUUAGGAUUGACCUGGGCAAGCCAGAUCAACCCAACCAGAUUGAAAUAGGGAGGAAAGAUGAUAGUAAAGUGCACAAACUGUUCCUUGAUCCAACAGGAUCCCAUCUGCUGAUCAGUCUGAGUACCAGCGAGUGUAUGUAUCUCAACAGGAACACCCAGAAGGUUCGCAGCCUGUCACGCUGGCGGGGCCACCUCAUUGAGAGCGUGGGCUGGAACAAGCUGCUGGGGAGCGAGACCAACACUGGACCCAUCCUGGUUGGCACGAGCCAAGGCAUCAUCUUUGAGGCUGAGAUCUCUGCCACUGAGGGUAGCUUGUUCAACACCAAUCCUGAUCAAUACUUCAGACAGGUUCACUCCCUGGAAGAGGAUGGGAAGCCGGCACCGGUCUGCUGCCUGGAGGUUGAGCGGGGCCUGGAGAACAAGUACUUCAUCAUCGCCACCACCCGCAAACGCCUAUUCCAGUUUGUGGGCAAGGUGGCUGAAGGCUCAGAACAGCAAGGCUUUAGCUCCAUCUUCACCCAGAACCAGGAUCUGCUGCCCAGCUUUCAGGAGUUCCCAGCCAACAUGGGCUACAGCGAGAUCACCUUCUACACCUCUAAGCUUCGGUCCUCCCCCAAAGCCUUCGCCUGGAUGAUGGGAAACGGCGUUCUCUAUGGUCAGCUUGACUAUGUUAGGCCGGACUCCCUGCUCAGCGAUGUGCAGGUGUGGGAGUACACCCCUGACAUAGAUCUCACUUUCAACAAGCCCAUCUCGAUUGUGUUGACCCAGUUCCACUUUUUGCUGUUGCUCCCUGACCGAGUCAAGGCCAUCUGUACCCUGAAUGGCCAGGUGGUAUACGAGGACGUGUUCCCAGAUAAGUUUGGCAGCUUGAAGAGGAUGAUCAAGGACCCAGUUGGUGGCUUGGUCUGGAUCUACACCGAACGGGCAGUCUUCCGGUACCACAUCCAGCGUGAGGCUAGGGAUGUCUGGCAGAUGUAUAUGAGCAUGAAUAAGUUUGACCUUGCCAAGGAGUACUGCCGUGAACGGCCCGAGUGCAUGGACAUGGUGCUAGCCAAGGAAGCAGAGCACUGCUUCCAAAACAAGCGCUACAUAGAGAGUGCCAAGUGUUAUGCGCUGACACAGAACUACUUUGAGGAGAUAGCACUCAAAUUCAUUGAGGCCAAACAAGAGGAAGCCCUGAAGGAGUUCUUGCUGAAGAAGCUAAACAACCUGAAGCCGAGCGAGAGAACCCAGAUUACUCUGCUGGUCACCUGGCUGACUGAGCUCUACCUUAACCGGUUAGGCCAGAUGGAGAAUGAUGUCAACAGCCCCGUCUUCCAGGAGACUCGGGAUGAAUUUCGCCACUUCCUCAGCAGCUCCAAACACAAGGAAUGCCUCUUCAACAAUCGGAGCACAAUAUACGACCUGCUGGCCAGCCACGGCAAUGUGGAUGACAUGGUCUACUUCUCAGUCAUCAUGCAGGACUACGAGAGGGUAAUUUCCCACCACUGCCAGCAUGACGACUACAGUGCUGCUCUUGAUGUGCUCUCUAAACACUGUGAUGAGAAGCUCUUCUAUAAGUUCUCCCCUGUGCUUAUGCAACAUAUACCCAAGAAGGUGGUGGAUGCCUGGAUUCAGAUGGGCAAGCGACUGGACCCCAAAAAGCUCAUUCCUGCCUUGAUGAACUACAGUCAGAUGGGCAGCACACAGCAAAUCAAUGAGACCAUCCGCUACAUGGAGUUCUGUGUGUACCAGCUGACUGUGACAGAGGAGGCAAUCCAUAACUACCUACUGUCUCUCUAUGCCAAGUACAAGCCUGACUCUCUGCUGUGGUAUCUGGAGCAGGCAGGGACUCACGCUUCAGAUAUCCACUAUGACUUGAAGUAUGCCCUCAGACUGUGUGCAGAGCAUGGUUACCUCCGUGCCUGUGUUCUUGUCUACAAGAUUAUGGAGCUCUAUGAGGAGGCAGUAGAUCUAGCAUUACAAGUGGAUGUGGACUUGGCCAAGUCAUGUGCCGACCUGCCUGAGGAUGAUGAGGAGCUGAGGAAAAAGCUGUGGCUGAAGAUUGCCCGGCAUGUGGUGCAAGAGGAGAAAGAUGUGAAGAAGGCCAUGAACUGUCUGUCCAGCUGCAACUUGCUCAAGAUUGAGGACAUCCUGCCCUUCUUCCCCGACUUUGUCACCAUAGACCACUUUAAGGAGGCCAUCUGCAGCUCCCUGGAGGAGUACAACCAGCACAUAGAGGAGCUAAAGCAGGAGAUGGAGGAGGCUACAGAGAGUGCCAAACGCAUCCGGGAAGAUAUCCAAGAAAUGAGGAACAAGUAUGGUGUGGUGGAGUCCCAGGAGAAGUGUGCAGCCUGUGACUUCCCUUUGCUAAACAGGCCCUUCUAUCUGUUCCUGUGUGGACACAUGUUCCACUAUGAUUGUCUGCUCCAGGAAGUACACCCACACCUGACAACUUACAAACAGAGUCGCCUGGAGGAGCUUCAGAAGAAGCUGGCAGCAGCCACGCAGUCCUCUAAGUCUCGCCACCGCCCAGCACCCAAAGAGGACAUUGACUCUGCUAGCCUGGGAAAGGGCAGCGCAGGCUCCAGUCGCGAGCAAAUAAAAUCGGACAUUGAUGACAUAAUUGCAAGUGAAUGUGUGUACUGUGGCGAACUAAUGAUCAAGUCCAUCGACAAGCCAUUUAUUGAUCCUCAGAAAUUUGAGGAGGAGAAGUCCAGCUGGCUGUGAAUGAGGCCUUCCUUCCCACCAUUUCAUUUGGCCGGACACACAUUUGCCUAAUGACCAAAACAAUCCCCUCACCUCCAGUUUGAUGUAGGAUGGAUGCACUGACAGAUCAGAUAUGCCUGCUUGCCUACUGAUGCCUCCUGCCUAGUAUUCACAUUCGUUCGAUUUCCACAGAAUAUCCUCAUGUUGUUGUCUGUGUUCAAGGCUGAUCGCAGCAAAGAGCGACUGUGAACUGUGAUUUGUGUCACUGUGAUAAAGGGAUGACAUAUUUCAAGCUAACUGACAAGAUGUGGUAAUUGCCAGAGCUGUCCAUGUGUUUGCCUCUCAACCACUGUAGGUACUACUUGGUGUAGAGAAAGAAAAAAUAACACAAGUGCUUUAACGCAAUACAGAAUGCAUCUGUACAUCUAUUAAAUCUGGUUAAUUUGGUCUCUUGCUUCUGGUAAAUGCUUUAACUACCCUUGACCAGCAUCUGUAUGUCUUGGCACCUUUCAUUCACUAAACUGCUUUGCUCUCUUCACCAUCUAACAAAUAAAUUUAACUAGGAUUAACAAAAUAGUAUUUCCCAUAUCCAUUGUAUUGCAUCUGAACAUUGCACAUUUAUGAUUGUUUGUUCAAAUGGAUGUUGUUAUUCAUGGUGUAUAUUUAAAUAAAUGGUUUU